AUGAAAAACCAUGAAAACUAUAUCUCGGAGACGGUGCCCAAGUCGUCGAGGUGCGUCACGGAGGGCGCGACGCACGAUUUCGAGGUGACCAACUACCCGCUGCUCGAGGGCAUGGGCGUCGGAACGUACAUUAGCUCGAGCACGUUCACUGUCGGCGGCUACGACUGGAACAUCAGGUUCUACCCGGACGGAGACAGGGAGGACGCUGCCGGCCACGCGUCAGCCUUCUUGUGUUACCUCAGCCCGGCCAAGGACGUGGUGAUGACAAACUAAUCUUAACCAUGCUGGACGAUCAAGGCAACGUGCAAGCAACUGGGCAGUUAUCGGGGGCCACCUUUUCUCCAGGGGAAGAAAAUGAUACCUGGGGCAUCCAGAAACAAGCAUGACAGUGCCCACCCAGGCUCCUCCCCGCUCGGGAUUCCAGGCCGUCGGAUCAGUUUUUUGAUGCGUUCUGGACCGUAGGAUCUCGCCUUCGGAUGACCUCGGUCGUCGGAUCAAGCCCGGAUCACUGCUACAAUGAAU